UAUUCUGAGAGACCGUAAACGUUGACCUUCCUUGACAACAAGAAGUGAGGUGAAUCGUCACAAAAAUCGCUCCGAAUUGAAUGAAAAUAACAGCUGAUUUCUCUCAAAUGUAGACCCAGGUAUGAAGCAACCCCCGAGCAGACCAGCCUAUAAAUAAGACUCGUUGACAUUAAGAUGACUACGGCCGUCACCCCGAUGCCGGAGAUGGUCAACGUGGGCGGGAGAGAACCCAGCCCCCCACUGGAGCCCAGAAUGGAAGGCAGGGACAGCCCCACCCCAAGGAAGACGCGAGUGCUUGUCGCCAAAAAUGAAGACCAAGGCGUUGCGGCCCUACCAGAACUCCGAUCCAGCGACAAAGACAUCGACAAAACCAAACCCUUGCCGACCUCACUCCAGAGCGAAUUCAUCCCAGAAGAGAUACUGAACGCCCUGACCAACAUCCCCGUCCCGGGGGUGAAGGAAAAGUUAAAACAGAAGGGUGUGCAGAAAGCCAAGGCCAAGGUUCCCAAAGGCGGGGCGCCGGCUGCCAACAUGUGGAACUUCCCGAAUCGUCGGCGACGCUUCCAGCAUCUGACAGAUCAACCCCUCUCCAUGACCGGUGCUGGAAAGGAUAUUUCGUUCUUGUACGACGUCGCUUUCACCGACAAAGCUCCAGACAAGGUGAACCCGGCGCAGGAUCCGAGUUCCGUCAGGGCCCUGUCCAAACAAGCCGAGCGAGAGAAGGGGAUGAGUGUUCCAGAUUCUCUGAUUCCAUCUGAAUAUCAUGUGGUCAAAGCGAAAGGAGUGCAGCACCUAGAGUUUCAAGAAGAUAAAUAUACCACCAAGCUCAUGGAUGCAGAGCAGCAGCAAGUGGCUUUCCCGUCACUGAAGCCGGCCAGUCGCUACGAGGUCUUGCAGCUUAUGGAGACCAUGGGCGUCAUGCUAGACAAAGCAGGCAUUGACGACGAAGAGAUCGAGAUCAAAGGCCCAACACAGAUGCACAAUCUUCUGGAGUUAAUCAAGAAGGAACAGAAUAUCUACAAUCUCAUCUUCCAUGAGCUGAUUCGACAGGUGAGCGUUGAGUGUGCCGAGAGGGGAGAAUUACUAGCAAACCUCCGACAGCGAUACAGCAAACUGCUGGAUAAAGUACCCAGACAAGUCAAAAGCUUGCAUCAGGAGGUGAUGGCCCAGAGAGCCCUGGACAGAAGGUUGACCGAGGAGCUGUUCCGUUUCAAGAAUUCCAUAUCGCAGCUCACAAAUGAGUUAUCCGACGUGCGAGAACACGAUAAAGUUGUAACCUCCCAGGCCCAACAAGCGCAACAAGAGCUUGCGGCAGCAUUGGCAGAGUCGGAAAAGAAUGCAGGGUUGUUGGCCGAGUACCACGAGUUGUACGAGUUGCAGCGAGCGCGGCUCGAGUCUCAAGUCAUUGCGCUGUCCAGAGAGAAGGAAUUAUGGAGUGGCGCGGCCUACAACUUGGCUCUCAAGGUCACGGAGGCCAACUCGCUGGCCACGGCUCGCCGCUUGCACGUCAGCGAGCGGCUCUGGUCCAAACUGGCCAAUCACUUCGCGAUCGUCCUGAGCGACCGCGACACUGAGGAGCUGUCGCAGCUCCAGGGCUACAUCGCCAGCCACCGGCAGCUCACGAUCAAGUUUGCGGAGGAAUUGAAAGCGGGCGAUGUGAAAUCUCACAGCCGGCUGCAGACGAUCGGCAAAGGAAUCGAAAAAUGGAUGCAAGAGUUUGACCAGUUUGUGGUCUUGCAAAAGGAGGGGAGCGUGACAUCGGCUGCUACUAGUAUGAGGGAAUCCAGGGCGAGUCACGAUAACAUCCAGACGGUCGUUCAGGCACCGCCGAUGGAGAUGAUCCAGAAACUGUACGACGACAUCCGAUCCUGGGAGGAGCAACUGAAUAAAGAAGUUGAGAAAUACGGCGGCGACAUCUUGCUCGGCUUUGAGGAGAGCAUGUACACCAUCAAGAAGCAGGUGGAGAUGUGGACCGAGGUGGCCUUACACAUCUUCAACCGUCACCGGCCUGAGGACGGAUCGGACUACCCAGAGCACGAACGGCUGAUGAACAUGAACAAGUUGACAAAGGAGGUUAAACAGGAAUGCGACACGCUGCACAAACAGUAUCAAAUACGAGUCAACGGGGAGAAUGGCUCGGCAAAAGGUUUCAUCCAAAUCGCAAACGCCUUGGAGAGCUGGGACACGAAACUGAACUCCAUCUUGAAUGGGGGCGCUAUGCCUAUUGAUAGCGAGUGGAUGCGAUUGUACGAGCUCUUCAGUGAUUGGCUAGUCACAAUCGACGAGACGGCCGAGUGCAUCGGCAGCACGCAGAAGGAAGACGCGAAGGCAGAGGGAAAACCGCACCAACCGCUGUCCAUGGAUGAUGUUUUCCGAAGCACGCAGAAAUGGCUGGCCAGUACCACUAAUGGAAUAGACAGUGAAGACUCCAAACUAGUCGAACAGGUUGCAGUACUGCACGCCGAGAUGGUCCAUUGGAUCAUUCAGGUGCUGCUGCGUCUGGCACCCAACCAACCCAAUAGCCCGCCAGAGGCGGUGGAGAGUAGUAUGGCGACCACGGACACCAUCCCUCAGAUUCAGGAAAAAGCGGCCGUCAUGUUUGACAAGCUGACCAGAUUCUCCAAUUACAUCACUGGAUGCUGUGCCAAUAUCGUGGCAGAGGAAGUGCAGAAGAGGCAGGACGAGGGAGCCGAGGAUGCAGAUCACGAACUACGCGAUCUUAAAAAACUUAAGAGCGAGUGUGCCGAGUGGAUCCACACAGCGACGAUACUCAUUGAGGAUCUCAAGUGCCUCGAUCCGAACUACGUUCCGGUGGUGUCCGCAACUCCGGGGACAGGAGACGACAAAUCAGAAAGCGCGGCCACACCGGUGCCGCAAACACCACAAGCUAUCGACGGGGCCGAGCUUGUUGGGUCAGACGGCACCCCUAGCCAGACACCAGCACCAACCAUUUUGUCAGACACCCAGAAAGAAGGUAGCAGCGCAUCGCUGAAGGGGACACCAGUUUCCACAGACAAAGAGCUCUCCCUGCCCGCAACCCCGGCAAGCAAAGACGAAUCACCGGCAGGCAAAGACGGAUCACCGGCAGGCAAGAGUGGAUCACCGGCAGGCAAGGACGAGAUCAAUAUGAGCGAGAUGGAAGCAAUAGGCGACGACGACAAUGUACGGACGAUGUCACUUGAGGAGCCCAUACAACCGCCCAAAAAGGUACAGCCACGCGUCGCUGCAUUGCAAGCGGAGGCCGGAACGCGAACGCCAACCCCGGAUCCAGAGAAGGCCUACGAAGCACUGGUGGCUGUCAAGUCACUACAAGCAGAGUUGCUAACAACUGAGGAACGUGCUCAGAAGGCUGAAGACAAGGUGUCCGAGCUGGAGCUGGAACUCAAAGAGACGCAAGAGAAGCUCCGAGCGUUGGAGAGAAAGAGCGCCACCCCGCAUCUCCCGGAGAAAGACCACGACGCGGCCAGCAUUGCGAGUAAAGACAGAGGGGUUGCCGACACCCCAACCCAGCCAGGGAACUCCACCCCGGCUCCUGCCACGCCCAGCACCCCUCAGGCCACGCCCCCUGCUGCCGCCCAGGACACACCCCCGUCCACUCCCGGGCGAAGGGCGCCCUCACAGCCUUCGCAGCCGUCGCGGCCUCCUUCCCAGGGAUCACUCAGGUCUGGAUUGGGCUCACGAGGCUCGUCCAGGUCAAAGAAGAGCAAGUGAUUUUUGGAGUCGAUCCUUAGCAACCGAAAUCACCUUUAUGAUCAUUUGUAUGACACAUACAGAUUGAUAUUAACCCUCUUUAAUAAUACAUAUUCAUAUUUAUGCUUUAAUUGGUAUUUCAUAGUGGAAUCUGGAACCAGAAUUAGAAGCCGUUAAUCGCUGCGAUGAUACCACGCUCACAUGCUUGCUGCAUGCGUAUUAAAGACGCAUGCACAUUUUGGUAACACUAUCAAGGAGCUACCACCUGAGCGCGACUCAAUCGAACCUGGUGCCAUCUCAGAAAAUGCCUGUCGCUGGAUUAGUCUUUUAAUCAGCUCACGUCACUGCAUUUAUUUUAAAUUCCAUUAAUUUGUGUACUCGAGGAGUUCAAUUUUGUCAUCAUUUCACAUUGUCUCAGAUCACAAGACUGGAAAGAAGACUACAUUUAAACACAAACAACAAUUUGAUUUAUACUUUUUAUUGGUACAUGAUUAUUCAUUACAUUGAAUUGAAGACACUUGUUAAAUCUUCAGAUUUUGAUUUCGUUUUGCUUCAAAAUCACUACAGUUUAUGUGCCUUAACAGUCCAACCAGAGGUGUUAAUUUUUGGAUCUUAGCAAACUGUAAAUUCCAUGUGUUUUUCCCACUCUAAGUUGUACAUAUUGGGAAAUUAUCUUUGAAUGCUAUUUAAUGAGUAAUUGUAAAGAAAUUUGGAGUUAGUUUGAAUUUUUUUUUGACAAGUGUACAUAGCGUGAUUUGGAAAUUCACAUUCCGUCCAAUAUUCCUAGCUUAAACGUCAAGUGAAUUCUUUGUAAAGUUUGCCUUUUGAUAUUAAAAUCUCUGUCCAUUGUCGAAAGUUUACAAGUGAA